UGUGUGAAGAUGAGGCUGUGUGUGCUUCUGCUCUGCUGGUCUGCUGUGAGCUGGAGGACCGCUGCACAAUCCAGAACCUAUCUGCUGACGGCUCCCCGGAUACUGCAGCUGGAUGCGGAGCAUCCGGUGCUGGUCCAGCUGUUUGGAUACACAGAGGACGUGAAGGUGUUUAUCUACAUGAAAAGCUCCAUGGCACCGGACCACCUCCUGCUCUCCAGUGCCGUCCUUACUCUCAGGAGCCAGAACCAACACCAGGGCACCGCCAACCUCCGGAUCUUCCCAGGCCAGCUGCCGAAGGGAACAAACCACGUGAUCCUCCACGUCCAAUCAGAUGAGAUCAACCAGCACCAGAAAGUUGCUGUCAGUCGGACAAAUGGCUUCCUGUUCAUCCAGACUGACAAGCCGCUCUACACCCCCCACCAGGCCGUCAAAGUCAGAGUGUAUUCUCUGAACGAAGAGUUGAGACCAGCAGGCCGCGACGUUUUCCUAACCUUCCGGGACCCGGACCACGAGACUGUGGACAUUAUAGAGAUGUUUGACGCAAACAACGGAAUCCCCACCAUGCGGAACUCCUUUAAGAUCCCGGUCAGCCCGAAGCUGGGGAUCUGGUCUGUUGAAGCGUCCUAUGUGAAGAACUUUACCACCACCGCCAGAGCUGAAUUUGAAGUUAAAGAAUAUGUCCUCCCUAGUAUUUCCCUCUCCAUUGAACCAGAGAGAAAUUACAUCAGCCACGGAAACUUCUGGCAUUUCAAUCUCAAAAUCUCUGCCAGGUAUUUCCAUGGUGCUCCAGUUGCCAAUGCAGAGGUGUUUGUGCGUUACGGUUACAUUACUGGGAAAAGUGCUCCAGUCAUCAUCCCAAACUCCGUCACCAGAAAACGGUUGUCAAGUUCAGGGGAGCGGGAGUUGCAGGUGAACAUGGAGGAGACACUGGCAACUCACAGUGGACCCAACACCCUCGACAGCCUGAAGGGAAAAUAUCUGUAUGUAGCAGUACUGCUGCAGGAAGACACAGGUGGUAUCUCCCAGGAGGCGGAGCUAAAGACAGUUAAGUUUGUCCAGUCACCUUACAGCCUGAGCCUGGUGUCCACACCCCCUUUCAUCAAGCCUGGACUUCCUUAUAUCAUCCAGGUGGUGGUGAAGGACUACUUGGGGGUGCCAGUGAGCAGGGUUCAUGUGCAGCUGGUGGAGAGAUAUUCCCUCAGCCAUGGAGGAGAGCAAAUGGACCUGCCCUGCCCCAAUGAAGCAGAAAGCCAAUCGGAUGGCCUGGCUGUCUUCAUCUGCAACGUGCCACCAGGCAACCACAAGGCCGUACUCAAGUUUGAGACGUCGGACCCGGACCUCCCACCGGCCAGCCAGGCCAGCCUCACCCUGGAGCCGGUGGCUUAUCACUCCCCCAACCAGCGCUACCUCUACAUCGACCCCCCCUUGGCUCGCGGCGGCUUAAAGGCAGGAUAUCGUGCCAACAUCAAGGUGUACUCAGCCACGCCCACCUACCUGCCUGUCAAAACUCUCAACUUCCUGGUGCUGUCUAAAGGGAAGCUGGUGCAGUACGGCAGUCAUGCUCUGCAUGGCGGCAGUGAGCAGAUGGUGAGUUUUGACGUGACUCCAGCCAUGGUGCCCUCUAUCCGCCUGCUGGUGUACUACAUCCUGUACGGCGAGGGCGCCUCCGAGCUCGUGGCCGACUCCGUGUGGAUCGACGUCAGCGACAAGUGUGUUAACGGACUGCAGACUGAGCUGUCAUACAAUAGCUUAGACCACAAGCCGAAGGACGACCUUGAACUGAACAUCAGAACCAAUCAAAAGGGACUUGUGGGCCUGUCUGCUACUGACACCGCCCUCUUCUCCCUACGCCCCUCCUACACCAACCCCCUGAUGAAGGUUCUGCGUCACAUUGAGCAGAGUGACCAUGGAUGUGGAGGUGGGGGGGGCAAAGACAGCGCGGAUGUCUUCCGGUUGGCCGGUCUCAUGUUCAUCACCAACGCCAACGCCCACUCUUCAGACACUGAUGACGUGUGUACAGCUGCAGUUCGUGCAAAGCGAGCUGUGCCAGAGGAACAGAAGAGAAGAAAAAUUAACAGUUUUGAGCCUCGACUCCACGACUGUUGUAAGAGGGGCUUUGCAUUUAUUCCUACCGGUGUCACCUGUGCCACGCAUGCCGAAUCGAAAUAUGGCAAAUAUCCACGCUGCCGAGAGACCUUCAGGGAUUGCUGUGAAUUCUACCAGAAGAGUCUGGACUUGGGCUUGAUCCUGGCACGCAUGGCGAUGGGUGCUAACUUUGACCUGGAGCCCUCACUUGUGCGGAGUGUCUUUCCGGAGAGCUGGCUGUGGGAAGUUCAACCAGCCGGACCAGGGCAGAUGUCUGUCAGUAGGACUCUACCAGACUCGAUCACCACGUGGGAGUUCCAGGCUGUGGGCAUGUUUGAGAAUGGUAUUUGUGUAGCAGAGCCACUGCGUGUGUCGGUCAGCCUGCCUGUCAGUAUAGAUGUGCCACUGCCGUAUCAGAUGGUCCGAGGAGAACAACUGCAGCUCCAUGGAUCAGUUUACAACCAGCAGCUGGACAGCAUGAGGUACUGUGUGACUUUGACUGUGGGUCCAGCCAUCUGCCUCCUCCAGUCUUCCAGCAGGGACGACAGCCAGCGCUCCACCCCCUGCAACUGGAGCCUCCUGGCAGGAGGAGCUGUGCGAAAACUUUCCUUCACCCUCCUGCCACUGGAGGAAGGGGAACACACGCUGACCUUCACCCUGCACAGCCCGCAAGGGAAACGGGACAUCCUGCAGAAAACUCUACGAGUGGUGCCUGAAGGUAUAAGGGAGGAGAUCUUCUCUGGAGGACGACUGGACCCUAAGGGCCUCUAUGGUUCAUCAAAACUGGUUGUGGAGCUGAAAAACAGGGUUCCCCCCAACCUGGUCCCCAGAACCUCUGUGGAGAGAGUGCUCACCAUCAACGGAGAAGUCCUGGGGGAGUUCCUGUCUGUGGCCGAUAACCCCGAUGGCCUGCGCCAGCUCAUCAAUCUGCCUGCCGGCUCUGCAGAGGCAGAGUUAACCGGACUCAUCCCCGUCUUUUAUGUGUACCAAUACCUGGAGACCACAAGGCGCUGGAGCAUUCUGGGAAAAGAUGUCCAGAAGAGUGCUGAAAAACUACGCAGGAGGCUGAAGGAAGGUCUGCCCAAUAUCAGUUCCUUCAGAAGUAAAACAGAAUCCAGCUACAGUAUGUGGAAGAAGAGGGAGCCCAGCACCUGGCUGACAGCUCUCGUAGUGAAGACCUUGUCUCAGGUGGACAGUGUGGUUCCGGUGAAUCAUCAGUCUCUGUUUGAGUCGGUGAACUGGCUGAUCACAACCGCCCAGGACAAAGAUGGCUCCUUCAGAGAACUGUCCUCCUUCAAACCCAACAGAAUCAUGGCAGCAGGUGCAAAUGCAAUUGACAAAUCAGUGUACCUGACUUCCUUUGUGCUGAUUGGCUUAUGGAGAGCUAUGCAGAUCAAUGACCCCAUCCUCCGACUCAAGUACCAGGACGAUAGUAUGAAUAAGGCAGUAAACUACAUAUCCCAGCAUGCUUCGGAGGUGCAGAGUGUGUAUGUGCGGGCAAUAGCGACCUACGCCCUGACGCUCCAUGAUCUAAACAGCUUCACUGCCUCCGAGCUCCUCGACAGCCUGGAGACACUCGCCCAUGAGAAAGGACUUCCUGCCGUUCAGAGGUAUUGGCAGGAGGAGGGACUGUCGUCUGAUUGGCAGAAACCGGACCAAUCCAGCAGCCUGACAGUAGAAACCACAGCAUACGUCCUGCUGACCCUCCUGCUCAAAGGGAGAAUCCAUUACGCCAACGCUGUCCUUACAUGGCUGACACAGGACCAACACUAUGGAGGGGGGUUUUACGCUAUGCAGGACACAGUCUUGACUCUGGAAGCAGUAACGGAGUACAGUAAAAAAGUUCCGCAGGCGGUUUUGGACCUGCACAUAAAUAUCCAUUACACCGGGAAGGGUUCACUGGCCCAAGUCCAGCUCAGCCAGGACAAGCCAGUGGCAACGCCAAUAGAGGUGACAAAGGAUGAUGACAUCAGAGUGUCUACGGGAUAUGGGGACGGGGUGUCACAUGUCAAGCUGAAGACGGUCUACUACCAAACUGCCGCCUCCAGAGAGAACUGUAACUUUGACCUUACCAUAGAGGUUGUCGGUCCCGACGCACCCAACAAUCCCAGUAGGAGGUAUCCUAAUCUGGUGGCCUGUGCCAAGUUUAAGCCUCCUCCUAACGAGGUAGUGACACAAUCCACCCUCACUGUGAUGAAGAUUGAACUCCCAACAGGACUGACUGCUCAUGUAGAUGACCUGAAACAGUUCAGAGACGAUGAAGAACCUCUCAUCUCUGAGUAUGAGCUCAAAGGAAAUACUGUGAUCAUUACGAUGGACUCUGUUCCGUCUGAGAACUUCCUGUGUGUUGGAUUUCGUAUCCAGGAGGAGUUCAAGGUGGGAGCCUCCUCAGACUCACUGUUCAGAGUCUACGAGCCUCAGGACAGAGGAAGUAUGUGCACGAAGCAGUACUCCUACCAGGAACAGAAGCUCCAGCGCCUCUGUGUGGCUGAACAUUGUCAGUGCAUGACAGUGGCCUGUGCAACAUACAGACACAACACAGGCAUGAGCGUCACGUCCGACACACGCACCCAAGAGGCCUGCCGGCCCAACAUUAAAUAUGUCUACAAGGUGGAGAUCAAGUCUUCAUCAGCUGAAGGAGACUUUGUGACCUACAGAGCCAAUGUUGUGGAAAUCCUGAAGAAACCAGACAAAGAGUUGGAGGGGUUGACUCCAAGGUCGGAGGUGGAGUUGGUGAAAAAGGCGACCUGCAACUCAGUGAACCUGCAGGUCCAGGACCAGUACCUGCUGAUGGGAGCCAGUGGAACCCAGUUCACCCUGGGCACCAGAACCACAUUCCGGUUUCCUCUAGACUCUGAGGUGCUGGUGGAGCCGUGGCCCAAACACUGCACUGACCCGGUCUGUUCAGAAGCUCUGCAUCAGCUGGACGUCUUUGCUGAGGACCUGCUCUUUGGCGGCUGUACCCAGGCAGCCUGAGACCCAGACCCACCACACACAACAGAACCAAGAACAGGAUGAAGUCUACACAGGGCAACGUGUGUCUCUGUAACCAUGAUAUGAAUGACUAGUACCAACUGUAAGAUGAACCUAAAGCAGUAAGUUGCAAGCUAAAAGAAACAGAAAGAGGACAAUAAACUGUCAAUACAAACUGGGAUGAUGCUGGAGAACAUCUGGAGAACACCCGGAGAACAUCUACACGUCAGAGAAUUUAUCAAUAUUGUUGUGUUUAAAUCAAAUAAAAUACAAAGGUGUGUGA